GUUUUGACUUGCCUUUGCUCAGCGGGGCCGACGGGGGGCGGGCAGCUGAGAAUAGACAGCGUGCCUGUCCUUGAGAUAUGACAGCCCGGGGCUUACCCAUCUGUACUCCCGGGACGGUCAAAGGCUUCAGCGCGUCUUUCUGACACCAUGUUGGGGGUUAUCGUCAGAGCUGCGCUGCGUCCAGGCAUUGCAAAUCCAUGCCGUUUACUCAGAGCGGUAACGCAGAUAUCAGAGAGGUCCUUUGUUUAUCAGGAAGGUUUGCCCAAGCUACCUGUUCCACCUCUGAAGCAGACAUGUGAGCGUUACCUGGCCGCCUUGGAGCCUAUCGUCAGCGAGGAAGAACUGGAACACACUCGUGUUCUAAUACAGGAGUUCCUGAAGGGUGGAGUAGGAGAACGGCUCCAGAAGGGGCUCGAGAGACGCGCUAGAAAGACGGAUAACUGGCUGUCAGAAUGGUGGAUGCAAUCAGCAUAUCUGGACUGUCGCAUGCCUGUGGCCGUCUACACGAGCACUGGAGUCGCUCUGCCUCGAAUGCACUUUGAAGAUCGCCAAGGGCAGAUGAGGUUUGCUGCCAAACUCAUUGCAGGGGUUUUGGACUUUAAAAGAAUGGUCGAUGCAGAAACUCUGCCUAUCCAGUAUCUGAAUGGAAAGCCUCUGUGCAUGGACCAGUAUUACCAGAUCCUGUCCACAUGCCGUAUUCCCGGACCAAAGAGAGAUGCGGUGGUGCAUUACUCUGCAGGGACGACACCUCCUACUCACGUUACCGUGGUCCACAACUUUCAGUUUUUUGUUUUAGAUGUUUACAACAGUGAUGGCACACCACUGACAGUAGAUCAGCUCACCAUGCAGCUGGAGAAGAUCUGGAAUUCUUCUUUGCAAACUAAUAAGGAACCAAUUGGCAUCCUGACAUCACAGCACCGCAACACCUGGGGAAAAGCUUACAACAACCUAAUAAAGGACAGGACAAAUAAGGAAUCGGUCCGUGCCAUCCAGAAGAGCAUAUUUACAGUUUGUUUGGAUGCUCCGAUGCUCCGAGUGUCGGAUGAAAUGUAUCUGAGCCGCGUGGCAGCCCAGAUGCUCCAUGGAGGUGGGACACGGUGGAACAGUGGCAACCGCUGGUUUGAUAAAACGCUGCAGUUUAUUGUCGGCGAGGACGGCACGUGUGGGCUGGUCUACGAGCAUGCACCUGCUGAGGGUCCGCCUAUUGUGUUUCUCAUCGACUACGUUGUUAAAUACAUGCAGAGACCUGAAAUGGUUCGCUCUCCUAUGGUUCCUCUGCCCAUGCCUCAGAAGCUACGUUUCAACAUCACGCCAGAGAUCAAGAGAGACAUAGAAAAAGCCAAACAGAACAUGAACAUAAUGGUGGAGGACUUGGAUGUGAAGGUGCUCACAUUUUCUCAUUUUGGAAGAAAUUUGCCAAAGCAGCAUGAGCUGAGUCCAGAUGCGUUUGUGCAAAUGGCUCUACAGCUGGCUUACUUUAGGAUGUAUGAUCUUUGCUGUCCUACUUAUGAGAGCGCAACACUUAGAAUGUUCAAAUACGGACGCACAGAAGCAAUCCGUUCCACCACUGUGGAUUCACUUAAGUUUGUUCAGGCAAUGCAAGACCCAUCUAAGCAGAACAAGGAGAGGUUUGCUCUGUUGCAGAAGGCAGUUCAAGCUCACAAGAAAAACACGCAUAAUGCAAUCCAUGGACAGGCUAUCGACAGACAUCUGCUCGGGCUGAAAAUGCAGAGUAUUGAAGAUUUGACCUCUAUGCCUGAGAUAUUCAUGGACACCUCUUAUGCAGUAGCUCAUCAUUUUAACCUCUAUACUAGCCAGGUUGGCUCCAAGACAGACUGCGUGAUGUGUUUCGGUCCAAUGGUGCCAGAUGGCUACGGGGUGUGUUACAAUCCCAUGGAUGAGCAUAUCAACAUCGCGAUCACGGCCUUCAACAGCUGUGAGGACACGAACGCUGCCAACUUCGCCCAGGCUGUAAAGAAAGCGUUGUUGGACAUGAGAGCUCUCCUCACGGAAACAGCCGCGGCCAGACAGUGAUCCCACACAUGAGCCCGGCGCGCCGCUUGUGUACGAAGCUGAAACUGAAUCGAGUCUUUGCCAGUGUUGUUGGCGGAACGCCAGCGCCGCGCAAUGGAGAACUGAGAGGAAACGUGUUACCAAAGGGUUCAUGGAAAACAAAUAAUGUGAGACUGAAAAUGCACCGCCUUCAAAUGGAGAAACAGUCAAUGGUAGAUUUUAAGAUAAUGUUCAAGCGAUUGUAGCUGAGCAAAGAUUUUUUUUCUCUUACCAGUUCCUGGUGAAUCUUAACAGAUCCUGGGCGCCUUGGUUUGUAUGUUUAUUUCAGGUGAAAAAUCAAAAAGCAUAUAUUUUAGGUAUGU